CUGGCGCCCGCUGCUGGCGGCGGGGAUCGCUCGGCCCCGCGGGAGGCCUGAGAGCGGGUGCUGCCUGGCGCCAGACCCUGCCCUCAGCCCCGCGGUGCCGAAACGUGGCGCCCCCGCGCGGCCGCUCCGUGUGCGUGCCUCGCAGACUGCAGGACGGAUUCUGGGGAAGUUGUUCUGCAGCGGCGAGGACCCCUUGGGGGCAACCGCGGGGCCACGGCCAGCCCAGCUUCCGGCUUCGAGGGUUCGGUGGCCCCGGUCACCUUUGCCUUCUCUCCGCCCCAGGCUGGGCUCCUGGGAGAAGAGAGCCCCGCGAAGAUUCCGUGGGCAUGCAGAGGAGAAAAGUACCUCUGAGAUGAAUGUAGGCGGCGAUCGGUCGGGAUGGUCGUGACUGAUGGCCCCUGAACGCCCUGGCAGGGAUCUGAAUGAGCGAGCAGUGACUGUCCACCCGCACAGUGAAGAAGCCGGCGGCGGGCGUGGGGCUCCGCGCGACAUGGACCCUUGCGAGGACCGACCCGCGCCCGGGGGACACGCGCUGGAAGGGCGGUGGGGCUCCUGCGCCCGGCUGCAGGGGACGCACGGGGACGGCAGCCGCAGUGAACAAGAAGAUCGGAAGAGAGUUUCUGAAGAACUUCGAAUGGUUGUCCAAGAAAUGAAGAAAUACCUGCCAGCAGAGAGACACAGUAAACCAAGCACCUUAGAUGUCCUCACCUAUGCCCUUCGCUGUGUACGCAACGUGCAAGCAAACAGUGAAUUUUUCCAGAUUCUCAGUGGAAAUGGAUUACCUCAGACAGACGUGACCGUGUACAGUCCCAAGGAGCUGGCCGCUGUUGCUGCAGAGCACACUUCCAAGAACACAGAUACCUUUGUGGCAGUCUUCUCAUUUCUAUCGGGAAAGUUAGUGCACAUUUCUGAACAGUCCGCUUCCAUCCUGAACUGUGAGAAGGAUUUCUUGGAGUCCCGACGCUUUGUGGACCUGCUUGCCCCCCAAGACGUGAGGGUGUUCUGCACGCACACUGCCCGUGCUCAGCUUCCUUUCUGGAACAACUGGACCCAAAGAGCAUCACAAUAUGAAUAUGCUCCAGUGAAAUCCUUUUUCUGCAGGAUCCACAGAGGAGGAGACAGAGAGCAAGAGAAGAGCUACUCGCCGUUCCGGCUCCUCCCCUACCUGGUCCAUGUGCACAGCUCGGCCCUCCCAGGACUGGAACCUUGCUGCCUAGCGCUGCUGGAGAAGAUGCGCUCUGGUUACGAAGCUCCUCGAAUCCCAGCAAACAAAAGAAUUUUCACCACAACACAUACCCCAGGAUGUGUUUUCCUUGAAGUAGAUGAAAGAGCAGUGCCUUUGCUGGGCUACCUGCCUCAGGAUCUGAUCGGAACGUCGAUCCUCACAUACGUGCACCCGGAAGAUCGUCCUCUGAUGGUUGCCAUACACCAGAAAGUCUUGAAGUAUGCGGGCCAUCCUCCCUUUGAACACUCCCCCAUUAGAUUUUGUGCUCAAAAUGGAGACUUCGUCAUCCUGGAUUCUAGCUGGUCCAGCUACGUGAACCCCUGGAGCCGCAAGGUUUCUUUUAUCAUCGGUCGGCAUAAAGUACGAACGAGUCCACUAAAUGAGGAUGUUUUUGCGGCCAGAAUAAAAAAGAUGAACAAUAAUGAAAAAGACAUAACAGAGUUACAAGAACAGAUUCACAAACUUCUCUUGCAGCCGGUUCAUGGGAGCGGGUACGGCAGCGGGUACGGCAGCCUGGGCAGCAGUGGGUCGCAGGAGCAGCAGGUCAGCGUGACCUCAUCCAGCGAGUGCAGCGGGCACUGUGUGGAGGGCACACGCAAGGAGCCGAUGACCUUGCAGCAGGUCUACGCCAGUGUAAACAAAAUUAAGAAUCUGGGCCAGCAGCUGUACAUUGAGUCGAGGACCAGGUCGCCGGCCAAGCCGAUGGGGAGGCGGGAGGCGCGCACAGAGCCGUCGGGCGGGGGUAAGCACAAGGCCUUUUCUUCCUUUCAGAUGCUGAACAAUAAAAACUUAACCACUGAGUCCUGCGAGGAUUUGAGGAAAGACCAGCAUAGCCCAUCUUAUCAACAGAUAAAUUGUAUUGAUAGUGUCAUCAGGUAUCUGAAGAGCUGCAGUGUCCCAGCUCUGAAAAGGAAGUGUGUCUCGUGUACAAACACGGCUUCUUCAUCCUCGGAGGAGGACAGGCAGCGCCACAGCACAGGCGGUGCCCAGGCUCUGCAGGCUGCCACACAGACCCCAGCAAUCCCUACUCCAGAAGUGCCAGCGAACGCCCCGUCCACGGAUGGGGGCGGUGCCGCGCUGAGCCUGCCCCCUGCAGCGCUGAGCUCGGGUGUGAGCUGGUGCAGCUGCAGCAGCACCCUGGUCCACGUCCCUCGCCUGGACUCAGCAAGGAGGAGUUCUGUGUUUUGCCGCCCUGCCGUGCGAGCCCGGGGCCCUCAGCACCGCGCCGCGCCGUUGGCGGUGGCGGCCCCAAGGGAGUCCAGGGGCCCGGGGCUCACAACGGCCGCGCUGUCGGCGCACACCCAGAGGGAGGAGCAGGACUACGUGGACCGCUUCCUGGAGCGGCUGCUGUCCCGGCCCUACGGCCGCUGUCUUCAGCGGGAGAGCAGGAGUGAGAAGGGCGGCAACGCAGCGGAGUGCUCCUGCGCGCGAGCGGCUUCCACCUCCAAGCAGAGCAGACCAGCUGGAUGCAGGAAAGAGAAGCACAAGCGUCAGAAGCUGCCCACGCCCCUGGGCGGCAGCAGCUCGGACAGCAGCAUGAGCCCCCGCAGCCGGGGGUUGCUCCCGGGCACGCAGCCCUGCUGCCCUCCUGCAGGCCCUGCUGCCCGGCCCUCGGGCCUGGCACUGCCCUGCACCACCGUGAUGCUUCCCAGCCCAGCCCCACACCUCCUGGCCCUCCCAGCAGUGACCUCCCUGGGAGCACAAAGCACGGAAGCCUGGGGGCCUGCGCCUGUGAGCCUGCCCACGCCUCCCUGGCCCAGCGGCCUGCACACUCUUCCUGCCCCCCCUGCUCCUUCCUUGGACACUUUCAUGACCAUCCUCCUGCACGCCCCUCCCAUCUGUCCUCCUUGGUCACCGUCCUUCUCUCCACAUCCUACCUGGGGGGCCUCGGGUGCUUCUGAAAUGCCACCUGCAGCAUCCCAAGUGGCUGCAAACCUAGAAACACCUUGUUCAGUGGAAAGCCACAGGAGAGAAGAAGACAAAUGGGAGGCCUGCAGCGAGGAGCCCCCAAGCGUGAAUUCUAGGAGCAGCUCACCGCUGCAGUUAAACCUGCUCCAGGAAGAGAUGCCGGAGCCCGGGGCCUCUCGCGACUCAAUGAGGAGGGACAUUUGCCCAGAGGCCGAAGGUCACUGUGUUAGCAAGAGCAGGGGCCGCAGUGACCUGUCCACGGCAUCCAUUCCCAAGGCGUCUCUGUCUGGAACAGGAUCUGCAGCCUCAGGAAGCAGCGGCAGCGGCGCGCACCUCACCAGCAGCGACCGUUCUUCCGAGCGCUCUGAGAAGGCGUGGCAGUCUCCAGGUGCACAGCAGGAGGGAGCUCAGCCCCCGCUAGCCGAGGACUCCAUCUGGAGGAUGAUUGAGCAGAUGCCUGAACGGGUCCUGAUGACUUACCAGGUCCCCGCGAGGGUUAAAGAGGUUGUGCUCAAGGAAGACCUAGCAAAGCUAGAGAGCAUGAGACGGCAGCAGCCCCAGUUUUCUCCUCGGCAGAAGGAGGAGCUGGCCAAGAUGCACUUGUGGAUUCAAGGCCAGAGCAUCCCUCAAGAAGCGCACGUGCGGAGCAGUGUCUCCCAGGAAGGCAGAGACCCGGGGGCUGAGGGCGCUGCAGAGUGCCCUGGGCACCAUCCAGCAGAAGGCGCCCCGGAACCCCAUGAAGAUGUCCCUUCACACCUGCCUGGGGCACUGCAGCAUCGUGGCGUCUCCACAGCCCUAAACUGUGACUUGGUGACCACAGAGUCCUCACCAGCACAGAGCUUUCCCCCUGCCUUUGUGCAGACAGUGCUUUUCCAAAGCACACGUCGUGUGUAGCCCCCUCUGCUUCUGUUAUAUUAGGAGUGUGUCUCGAAAGAGCCUGGAUUGCCCCUGAAGAACUCUGUUUCAGAUGUCACCAAAACUGGUCGGCUGGACUCGGCCCCUGGAGCGCUUGCAGGAGCCCCCCCUCCACUCGGCUCCCGCCAUCUGGG